AUGGCGGAUGUCCGAUCACUGCUUCGCAAUGAGCUAGCUUCGCGCAAGGGCGCGUCGCCAAACACCACCGGAAAUCGCGUCACCAAGAAGCGCAAGGUCGAUAACAACGAUGGAGUGAUGCGAAAGAAACUCCGAUCAACAAGUUUGGAAUCAGUUACUCCGUCAGAUUUGCCAGCGGAUCCUUCACCAAGAAUUGCCGAGGACCCAGCGACCAGUGAGAUAUUGGGGCCUGUGGAGGAGGAUGGUGUGGCUGGGCCAGAACUUUCGCAAGAUUUAGGGGAAGAAGAUACUGUAUCUGCUCCACAACCGUCGGAUCAAGCAGCAAUAAUCUCAGUUUCAACACCUAACGCACCUGAUGCCGUGGAUGAAGACGAGUGGGCUGCUUUUGAACGAGAGGUCGCCGAACCAAGCCGAAUGCCCCAGCCACUAGCUGCAGUUACUGCGGCAGCCACAAUAUCUGCCGCACCUAUUUCUGUAGAUGAACUUGCGGCGCAACAGGAAAGGGAUACCGCAACCACAUCACGAGCCCGCGAAGAAUUGGAAGGUGACCGUGAGGAUGCGGCAAGAUUUAUGGAAGAGGAAUUUGAUGAAAUGGAUCAACUUGAAGAACGGGUCCGCAGACUGAAACAUAUGCGUGAAGAACUGCGAGAGAAACGUGCUCGUGAUGAGGCCCAGGACCGGCCUAUGGUUUCAGAGGCUCCACACGCAGACGAUAGCGACAGUGAUGACGAUGAUGACGAUGAAGACUGGGAUGACUGGAGAUUCAAAUGA